CACCGUGAACGCACCACAGAGGCAGACAAGCAGGAAGAAGACGAAGGACGAGGACGAACAACGAAAAAACUGCAGCAAAGACUUAAAAUAAGACUUAAAAUAAUUGUUUUACGAGAUUUAAACACUUAAAAAUGUGGUUCGUAAAGACUGGUGUCGUCUUCGUGUAUUUCUGCGGAGUGUUCGUCCUUCAGGCGGCAGUUUCUACAGAAAACAGCGAUAUUCACUCCCUCACCUACAUCUACACGGCCUUCUCCCACAAACCCUCGCUGCCCGGCUUCCACCAGUUCACAGCUGAGGGUCGACUGGACGGUGUCAUCAUCGACUACUUUGACAGCGACGGACUUGAGAAGAUUCCCAAUCAGCCGUGGAUGAAGGAAAAUCUUCCGAAGUCGUACUGGUCCAGAGGAACAGAGACUCGCAAAAGCAAGCAGCAGUGGUUCGAUGUCAACAUCGGAAUCCUAAUGGAGCGCCUGAGACAGAAUAAUUCUGACCUCCACACCCUUCAGUGGAUGCACGGCUGCAAGGCCAAGAGGCUGGACGACGGCCAGCUGUCCUUCAGCCGCGCCCUCGACAUGUACAGCUAUGACGGGAAUGACUUCCUGUCCUUCGACGACGUCCAUGAUGCCUGGUAUUCCUCUAACUCUGCUGCAACAGAGACCAUUAGGAAGUGGGAUCAAGUUAGCACUCUGAAGGUUUACACCAGAAGCUACCUGGAGUCGGACUGCUUGAGGUGGAUGAAGGAUUUCUUGGGUUACAGAGAAAAGUUUCUUAAUGUGACUGCUCCUCCAGAGGUGGUCAUAUAUGCGGCCAGGUCCCACGUCGAGUCAAGCGUGCGCCUGACGUGCUUCGCCACCGGGUUCCACCUCAAAGACAUCGAGCUGCGGAUGAGGCGGAACGGCGAAAUCAUCGACAGGUCGAUGGGACUCACAAGCUCUGGAGUUCGACCGAAUCAUGACAACACGUACCAGAGGAAGGACUCUGUGGAGAUCUUCAAGAGCGACAAGUCUCAGUUCACGUGUGAGGUCGUCCACGCGCCCUCACGUUUACACGUCACAGAGGUUUGGGAUCGCACACUUCCUUCCGUGUCUUCAAAUGUCCCGAUCAUUGCUGGGGGGUUGAUCGGCUUCUUGGUUGUGAUGGUUGUGCCUUUCGUGUUGCUUCUCUUGUUCAAGAAAAAGAUCAUCGGUCUUCCCUUCAAAAGUGGAACCAACAAUGGUUCAAAUCCCUCCCUGGGCAGCUCACAGAGCUCUGGCUCUCAUAAAUUGGCUGACGGCAACCCUGUCGAGAAAGACUCUCUGAUAACACCACCGAUGGAAGAAGGAGCAAAGACGUCCCUGAACGGCUCGGACUCUGGCGUCUCCGUCUGAAGCAAAAGAUCUAAAUGAUCUAUGAGAGUGGGAGGCCGUUGACAUCCAAACAGCAGCUGUGGGAUGUUAUUCUGACACCCUGCAAAGAAAAUCAAGGAUAAAGUCUGCAAAACCUCACAAGUUCAAAGGAUGAAAGAAUGGUGAAUCUGCUGUAAAUCAGGUUUCCUAUGUUAAAAUGAUGUUUUUUAUUUCAGUAAACACGACCUCCUGAUGCUGCAAAUUCAACAAAUUAUAAAAUGUUUCGAAACUCUUUCUCUGUUCAUAAUAGUUUGGAACAGUGCAGCGCACACGUUUUUUAUUUUUGAAAAAAAUAAUGUUAUCAUUGGGAGGUUUGUUCAAUUACAUUCAAAUUAUAUUCUCAAUACUGGAAAUUAUGCCGACUGUCAUUUGCAUCAGCUAUUUAGGAAAAUCAGAGAAAAAUGUAAUUUGUGUAAUAAUUUGGAAUGAGGUGUGAAGACUGUAAAUAUACAAGAUUAUAAAGAUAUAUAAACCCUAAAUAUCUAGGUAUACAUAUACAAAUAUAGUAAGUACUAAAGAUUUAAGUCUAAACAAUAUAAUAAACAGCAGCAAGUAACAACAACAAGGACAGUGAGUUGUCGAUGAUAGCAGUAAAAACACAGUGUGUCUGUGGUGAUGAUUGUAUACACCCGUGUUGUGGUGUUGCUUCUUCUGUCCUACUGUGGAAUCUGAUUUAUGUUAAUAUUUAGGAGUUUCCCAUAUUUCUCAAGGAUUAAAUCCAUAUUUUAUUUGCAAUUUGUUCAUUUUUGAUUUUGCUUGAUUCAUAAAGUGUUUGAAAAUAUUAACACAAAUUUAAUUCAUACUGAACCAAAAAUGAUGUAAAAAAAAAAAAAUCAUUUAAUCUCAGAUUUUAUGCCGUUUUAUUUGUUUCUUUCAAAAAUACUUCCGGUAUAUUAUAGAAACAUUGAGCCAGGUUUUUUCAAUUACAUUUACACGCAGACGUAGAGACAAACAAAGAUUUCAGUUUCUCUUGUAACGAGAUCAAAUUUUCACUUUAUUAAAAUCAGAUUUUUCUUUUUAAUUUCCUAAAUUUAAUUGUACGGAAGAGUGUUAGUGCCACAUGUAAAAAAAAACCCCAGCAUGACUUCUGAGAUUAAAAUUUAAGAUUUCUGUCUUUAAGGUCAGAAUUUAUGCUUUUUUAUUUUCUUUCAAAAAAAUGUUUUACAUGUGGCACUAUUACUCCCAUUUAGGAAAUUAAAAAGAAAAAUCUUAAUUAAUUUUAAUUUUAAUAAAGACAACACAAUCUUAAAUGCAAAUUAAUAAAAAUCAAUUCAGAUUUUUAAUUCUCAGUUGAAUAUUGAAUGAAGGAAUUUCUACAUAAAAUGUUUAUUGAAGUUAAUUUCUUUAUUUUUUUUUAAAUGUGAUACUUCUUGAUAUAUGCACAAAAUCAAAAGUUAUGAAAACAAAAAUGUUUGGAUUAAGAUUAUAAAACAAAUAAAGAAAUCACUCUUUUUCUUUUUAGAUUGUCUUUGUACAUGAAAUGAACAAAUAUUUUUUUGUUUUUGCUAUAUUUGAUUUAAGCACAAAUGUAUGAAAAAAAGUCGUUUUUGUUUGUUCUUUGACUUUUUAUUUUAAGACAAAUAAUGAAUUAAACUUCCUUUUCCAAUGUUAGACUCUCAGAUGGAUACAGAAGGAAUGAAAUAUUCUAGAUUAUGUGUCGUCAGUGUUUUUAAUCUGGAUUUUAUCUCACGUGGGUUUUCAGUAUUUGUAUAUAGUCUUUGUGGAAUGUUUUUUUUUGAACUGUAUUUUCAAUUUGAAUCUAAAGUUGUAUUUUUUCAUCAUAUCUGAAUCAUUUAUCUCUCUUGUAAAGUCACGAUAAGUAAAAGUGCUUUAUAUAAACUCCUUUAUAGACCCUUA